UCCCAAUAUGACCUGUUGAGAAGUGAUUAUUUCAAUUUUAUUUGCAGGUUUUGGGGAUUAUGUUCCGCUGCUGAUCAGCUACAUAAAAAAAAAAAACCAAAAAAAAAACCUCACUUUAAAUUCACUCGCACCCAAUUUAUCAAGGCAGAAAAAAAAAAAAACGCAGACAGCAAUUAUAAUAUCCGUUUGUAGUCGAACAAAUCGCAAUCCGCUCAAAGACAAUCGCUCAAGUUUUGCGUGUUCGUGGUGUGCCUCAAAAGCAAUUUCCAAAGCCAUUAUUUGUCGCUCAGAUAAUCAGCAGUUUGGCUGCUCCCUUCCACGGUGCGUGUCACAGGAAUGCACACACGUAUGACGGCGCUGAAAACUUGCUGCACUUGAUUGUAUUUUAACUCCAAAACGGAGUGUUUAAAAGUUAUACCUGGACGUUGGUCGCAUGUGUGUGUAGUAUUUCUGUCUGCAGACGGAGUGUGUGUGUGGUUUUUAAAAAAAAAAAUUUUUUUAAAUGAGCGUCAGAAAUGUUCAUUAAAGUACUUUUUGUUGUUGUAUUUUCUGCUUCAGGCUGCUUGCCUUUGCUGCAGAGAUAGUUGAUGGUGAGCCGGGGAACGUCACUUGUUUUAUUGCCCCCCCACCCCACCCCCCCCCCACCCCCACAUAAGAGAGACCAUAAACGCAUUCUUGCCACCUCCCCCCCUGUUCACUGCAAAAAAAAACCUUUGAAAAUUGCUCACAAGUCAAACAAUUCAUCGCUUCGUGCAAACCCUGACGCUAUGCGAGAAAGUCAUGAAUAUUGGUUCGGAUAAAUAUGAAAUGCCCAUUUGAAUCUGUAAUAUUCAUCUUCAAAAAAAAAAAAAAAAAGGCAUUUGUGUGUACGUUUAAACAUAUUUGCAGGGGAAUCGUAUAUAUAGCAAUAUUUUGGUCACGACACAAGACGUCAUACUAUUUGCACUGAUUGUGGUAUUAAUAGACAAUAUCCUCAAUGAGUCUUGGGACGUGACUCGGUGGGGAUUGAAAUGCGAAUGUGCCACCACCAUUCGAAUGUCAUCAGUCUCGAGCGUACUUGAGAGCUUUUAUUCUAGUAAACACCUCCUUCCUCGCGUCUCAGCUCCCGGCAAGAGCGGGCAUGGUGUGUGUCACUUCCACUGUUUAUCGGCAUUUUGCACUAAUGCUCAUGCAGCUCUCGGCUACAAGCUACAGUUUCUCCCGCAGUCCCGCCCCGCCAUUGGCGGAGCCGGGUCAGCUGACUUUGUCAUAUUGUCUCCGAGCGAGCCAAGCCUCGGCUAUAACACUCGGCUUUGUGCGUCUUAACCGGAGAUUCCAAAUUAAUAAUAUUGAAUCGUCAAAGUAGCGGGGAGGCACACGAGUGGAGGUGGUAUCGGGGGACACGGCAAAAAAAAGAGAAGAAGAGCUUGCAGAAAGGUGUGGUUGGCUGACACACGCGGGAGGGAGAUUUACUGGGAAGGAAGAUUGAAAAGAGAGCGAUAAAGAAGUGGGGAGAGUUGGAGAAGAGGGUUACGAGGCAAGGUAUGAAUUCUUAUUUCGCAAACCCGUCGCUCUCCUGCCAUUUAUCCGGCGGCCAAGAGGUUUUGCCCAACGUGCCCAUCAACUCCAGCACCUAUGACACAGUCCGACAUUUCUCGUCGUACGGCGCCGCUGUGAGCCAGAACCAUCGGAUAUACGCACCUUUCUACUCCCCUCAAGAUAACGUGGUGUUCGGCUCCGGCCGGGCUCAGUACGACUAUGGCUCAAACGUGUUCCUGCAGGACAAGGACGUGCUGCCCAGCUGCAGGCAAACAAACAUGGGACUCAACAGCACACAGAGCCACAUUGGCCAAGACUACACUUUGGAGCAGAGCAGGGCGGCCCAGGAGCAGAAGAGCAACAUCCCGAUCUACCCGUGGAUGCAGCGCAUGAACUCACACAGCGCAGGAGUGGGCUACGGGACAGACAGGCGCAGGGGGCGUCAGAUCUACUCCCGCUACCAAACCCUCGAGCUGGAGAAGGAGUUCCACUUCAACCGCUACCUGACCCGGCGCAGACGCAUCGAGAUCGCCAACGCGCUCUGCCUGACCGAGCGCCAGAUCAAGAUCUGGUUCCAGAACCGGCGCAUGAAGUGGAAGAAGGAGAGCAACCUGACGUCCGCGGUGGCCGCAGGGGAGUCCACGGCGGCCACGCAAGAAGAGGAAGGCAGUGGGGGCGCGGUGAAAGAAGACAAGGAGGACGAGGACAAGAAAAAGAAGGAAUAGUUCCCGGGAGAUGGAAAAUAGAACCCCAACAUUACUACCUAAAGAUGGAGCUGAAAGGGACGACACUGCAUGAUGGCUCCCCCUCCUCGUGUUUAUCAUAUCACGGAGGUGUUGAGCCUAAAAAAAAAAACCCAAAACAAAACAAAACAAAAAAAACCAAAACAAAUCCCAAUCAUUUCAGCCACAUUCUGAACCUUGUGACUCUGGAUCACUCUUAUGUUGUUAUUGUAUUAUUAUUAUUUUUUUUUUACCUUGUCAGUGUCACACUUGUACUGUGCAAAUAAUAAGAAUAAAAAAAAAACAACGAAGUAUUAAUUCCUACAUUAUUUCCAGUGCCAGUAUAAACUAUUUAUCCCACACGCAGACAAUGAAUGCAUCACUGUGAAGUCUCUGCUCACCAAAUACAGUAUUAAGUUAGUCUCGACAUUCCACGGAAGGAAGGAAUUGGACCCUUAAUUUGGUCAGUGUAAUUUAC